CGCAGCUUCUGACGGUGUUCUUGGCGCCAUGUUGCUUCUGGGCAGAAGUGGCGCAUUUCGGGCUCCACCUCUUUAAAGGAACAGAGACGUUUGCAACCUUGGGACUACAUUUGGGGUCGCUGGAGAUUUGACGAAGCAUCGCAGUUCUUCGCUGAAGCAGACCUGUGUGUGGGACACAAGUCCCUGGCUUGGAGCCGUUUUCGGGCCUAGGCUGUCUGCCCUUCUCCUCUACCCUGGAGGGGAAGUCUGCAGUGCCUGUGGACCUGGGAGGCAUGCUCAGGAGCGCAGCAGCCAUCUCAGCGCCCCUGGUGUGGCCGCUCUGGGAAAGGAAGGCCGGAGCCUCGCUCACCCUCACCCGGUGUUUGCACCAGACUCUCAUCAUGGCCAAACAACUGCAGGCUCGAAGGCUGAAUGGAAUCGAUCACAACCCCUGGGUGGAGUUUAUCAGACUGGCCAAAGAAUAUGAUGUCGUGAACUUGGGCCAGGGCUUCCCCGACUUCUCACCUCCGGACUUUGCUGUGCAAGCUUUCCAACAGGCCACCAGUGGGGACUUCAUGCUCAACCAGUACACCAUGGCAUUUGGUUACCCACCGCUGACAAAGAUCCUGGCAAGUUUCUUUGGCAAGCUGCUGGGACAGGAGCUGGACCCACUCAAGAACGUGCUGGUAACAGUGGGUGCCUAUGGGGCCUUGUUCACAGCCUUCCAGGCCUUGGUGGACGAAGGAGAUGAGGUCAUCAUCAUCGAACCUGCCUUUGAUUGUUAUGAACCCAUGACUCUCAUGGCUGGAGGUCGGCCUGUGUUUGUGUCCCUGAAGUCGAGCCCUGCUGCUAAGGGACAAUUGGAAUCCAGCAAUGACUGGCAACUGGAUCCCACAGAACUGGCCAGCAAGUUCACACCUCGUACCAAGGCCCUGGUCCUCAACACACCCAACAACCCUCUGGGAAAGGUGUUCUCUAAGAAGGAGCUGGAGCUGGUGGCUGACCUGUGCCAGCAGCACAAUGUCCUGUGUAUCUCUGACGAGGUCUACCAGUGGCUGGUCUAUGAUGGGCACCAGCAUGUCAGCAUCGCCAGCCUCCCUGGCAUGUGGGAACGGACCCUGACCAUCGGCAGCGCAGGCAAAAGCUUCAGUGCCACCGGCUGGAAGGUGGGCUGGGUCAUGGGUCCAGAUCAGAUCCUGAAGCACCUGCGGACUGUGCACCAGAACUCUAUCUUCCACUGUCCCACCCAGGCCCAGGCCGCAGUAGCCCAGUGCUUUGAACGGGAGCAGCAACACUUCGGACAACCCAGCAGUUACUUCUUGCAGCUCCCGCAGACCAUGAAGCCAAACAGAGACCACAUGAUCCGCAGCCUGCAGUCAGUGGGCCUCAAGCCCUUGAUCCCCCAGGGCAGCUACUUCCUCAUUGCAGACAUCUCGGACUUCAAGAGCAAGAUGCCCGACCUGCCUGGUGCUGAGGAUGAGCCCUACGACAGACGCUUUGCCAAGUGGAUGAUCAAAAACAAGGGCCUGGUGGCAAUCCCUGUCUCCAUCUUCUUCAGUCAACCUCACCAGAAGGACUUUGACCACUACAUCCGCUUCUGUUUUGUGAAGGAUGAGGCCACACUCCAGGCAAUGGACGAGAGGAUACAGAAGUGGAAAAAGGAGCUCCAGCCCUGAGGUUCCCCAGCUGGGCCCUGUCUCAGGGAUGCCCUGGAGGGCCCCGCUCUGUGACUGGACAUACUCCCAGGAAAGAGGCCAUUGACUUGGGGGUUUCGGCAAUCUUUUCUCACAGUAUCUGGACUGCUGUCUUGGAUUGGGUCAUGUUCUACUCCCCUGUAGGUUAUUUUAGGGUCGUAGUUGUUUCUGGCCUCCCUGCCUGGGACAGUAAAGGAUGGAGUAUCAGGUUGGAGCCCCAGCCUUAACUUAGCCCCGCCCAGUUCUCAUGUGACCUCAAGAUAUUGCUUCGGGCUUGAUUGUUUUUGUUCCUAAUAAAGUUGUUAAGUUAUUAGAGCCCUCAA